CAGGUAGGUAUAACACACCCCUCCAUCCUCCAUCCUGGUCCAGAGCUGCUGAGGUGCGCAGCUCACUGAGAGGAGGACACUGCAGUGGAGGUUUCAGUUUCCAUCUACGCUGCUGCUGCUGCUGCUGCUCGCUCCCGACACCCCACGUCCCGCUGCAGACUUCCCACCUGGCCGAGGGAGAACAGGGGGAACCGGGAAGAAGCUGGGAGCCAUGGCCGAGUCCAACAACCCGCUGCGGGGGUUCCCACGCCUGCGCCGGGCCGCGACCUCAUUUCCAGGAAAUCUGCAUUUGGUGUUGGUGCUCCGCCCCUCCGGCUUGUUAAGCUCUGCCCCCAGUCCGUCAUCAAGCACUGACCUGGGCUUCCGCUUCAGCCAAGAUGACUUCCUGUUAAAGAUGCCGGUGGUGAUGCUGCGUUCAGUUGGUGACCUGCUGCGCUACAUCGACGAAAACCACCUGACGUCAGACUUCACUGCUAAAGUGGAGUACUGCCAAAGCGACUGGAUCGUCCUCCGCACGGCCAUUGAGACCUUUGCAGUGACGGUGAAGGAGAUCGCCCAGCUGCUGCAGGGUUUUGGAUCAGAGCUGUCUGAGACCGAACUUCCAGAUGAAGCCAAUGCCAUCGAGUUCCUGCUGCACUCACACACACAUCGAUACCGACAGAUGAAGGACGAUAUCAGGAACGUGCUCAAAGAAGGACGGCUGCUGCUGUCGAACCUGGAGACCGUCAAGGCCUCUAAGAGGGAUAUAGAUGAGGAGAGGGACCUGAAAUCAGACAUGGAUACUGUUCAAAGGCUCCUGACUCAGCUCCGAGACAUGGAGGAGGCGUUUGAUGGCUUCUUUGAGAAACACCACCUGAAGCUGCAGCAGUACCUCCAGCUGCUGCACUAUGAACUGAGUUUCCAGCAGAUGGAGGAGGUGUUGUUGAUGAUCAACGGCCAGGAGAUGGACAUUGCCUCUGCGGGAACCACGGUGGUUCAGACAGAACAGCUGCUGAUGGACCUGGAGAUGCUGGACAAACACGCUAAGGAGGAGAUGGCUCGUGCCCAGGUGGUGAUCCUGCACGGCCACCAGAUGGCCGCCAACCACCAUUACGCCCUGGCGCUCAUCGUCCAGCGCUGCAACGAGCUGCGACAUCACUGCGACAUCAUCACCAGUGCCAUACGCACCAAACGGGCCUCGCUCAUCCGAGCACGAGACCUGCUGCUCCGCCUUGAAGGGGCCCUUCGGUGGUGUGACGAGGGCGCCUAUCUUCUGGCGAGUCAGAUGGUGGACAAGUUCCAAACCAGAGAGGGAGCUCAGGAGGCGCUGCAGUACCUGAGCUUCCACCAGGAGAGGGCGCCGUCAGCACUGAAAAACAGCCAGGACAUCGUGAGCCUGGAGUUUGAAGCCAUACUCACCCCACUGCUGCAGUCCCAGAUUGCCAUGGUAACAGAGAAACUGAACGCGGUGCAGUGUAUGAUCAGAAACAGAGAGCAGUGUCUGAGGAAGUUGGCGGAUGUACAAGUCAGACCGAUUCAGCUGGUGGCCCCCAGGCCUGAACCUGACCAGACCACGAAGGGCUGCAAGUCACCCCUCUUCUCCCCGAAACAUGGUGUAGACUUUAACGUCCUGAACUCCAAGUUCUCCUUUGACCUGCUGCCUGGCAAAAGAGCUGCGAGGAGGAACAACAGCCAACGCAAGAUCGAGGUAAUGCAUGAUUUCCAAGGCAACCGCAGCUGUCUGUAUGGCUCCACCACGGAAACAGAUUCAGAGGCAGAAGACAAUCCAGAGCAGGUCACACGCCAUGUAAUGAAGGAGCUGAUAGCUACAGAGAGGAUCUAUGUGGACGAGCUGCUCUCUGUCCUUCUGGGCUACAGGGCAGAAAUGGAGGACCCGUCUAUGUCUAAUCUUCUUCCGUCAGCUCUACGCAGCCAGAAGGACGUUCUGUUUGGCAACAUGCCCGAGAUUUACCAGUUCCACAGCAGGAUCUUCCUCCAGGAUCUGCAGGGCUGCCUGGAGGCACCAGAGAGUGUGGGGGCCUGCUUCCUACAACGGAAAGAGAAGUUCCAGGUGUAUGAGCGUUACUGCCAAAACAAGCCUCGCUCUGAGUUGCUAUGGAGACAGUGCUCUGAUUCGCCCUUCUUUAAGGAGUGCCAGAAGAAGCUGGACCACAAGCUGGGUCUGGACUCUUACCUCCUGAAACCAGUCCAACGCCUCACCAAGUACCAGCUGCUACUCAAGGAGCUGUUGAAACACUGUACGGAGGAGCGAUACCGCUGUGAGCUGCAGCAGGCUCUGGACUCCAUGCUGGAGCUGCUGAAGUCUGUCAACGACUCCAUGCAUCAGAUAGCCAUCACUGGAUACCAGGGUGACCUCAGCCAGCUGGGCCGGGUGGUGAUGCAGGGAGGCUUCAGCGUGUGGAUCAGCCAUAAGAGGGCAGCGGUGCGCAUGAAGGAGAUGGCCCGGUUCAAACCCAUGCAGAGACACCUCUUCCUCUACGACCUCGCACUGCUCUUCUGCAAGCGCAGGGACGAGGACAGUCACGACAGGACGCCAUUCUACAGCUUCAAGUCCUGCCUCAGAAUGAGCGCAGUGGGAAUCACAGAAAAUGUGAAAGGAGAUGUGAAGAAAUUUGAAAUCUGGUACAGUGGCAGAGAAGUAGUGUACAUAGUUCAGGCUACCACACUGGAGGUCAAAGUUGCCUGGCUGACAGAGUUACGAAAAAUUCUCACCAACCAGCAGAAACUUCAUCAAGAUGAGGCUCCCUCUCUUCCUCUUUCAGACAACCUCUCUGACAGUGCAUCAGAGAUGUGUGUGUCGUGGGGCGGAGCGUCGGUGGGAGGCUGCUCAGCGUGUCUCCCUGUUACUCACAGCUCCUCGACAACAAGCCACUCCCACAGGCUACGGGGGGAGGAGUCAAUACACACUAGCCCCGCCCACUCGGAACCCGUGGUUCACUCGCCUCGACGCACUUGGCCUGUUCCUGCCCACUCAGUGGCGAUCUGUGAAGGCCUGGAGGACUGGGGUGCUGCCACAGACUUCUCCAACUUAUCGGACUCAGACGAGGAGGAUCAGCCUGCCCCUCUGGUGGUGGGCAGGUACAGGGUCAUGGUGGAGAGCAGCAUGGCCAGUACUGAUGACAUCAUCUUUAACUGCGGUGAUGUCAUCCAGCUGCUGCAUGAGGAACUGUCGGGAAUGUGGAUGGUGAGGAAUAUAAGUCGUGGAGAAGAAGGGCGUGUCCUACCUGAAGACUUGCACAGGAUUCUGGGAGAGACCUGCUAAGAGCCAGUCAGAACAGAGCAUAGAUGACACACAAAGGGUGCAUCCUAUUCUCUUAAAUUGCGUCUUUUCCUUGCAUCUCUCCAAGCAUCCGUGGUGGGAAGGAUGCAAGGAAAAGAUGCAAGCGAGGGAAACGUGGAUGCAAUUAAGAGACUUGGGAUGCACCCAAAGACUCACAUACUCCAUCAACUUCCUGACCAUCUGACUGCGCAGAGAGCAUCGGAUUGAAGCACAUCAACUGUGUAUUUUACUCGUCAAACAACUGUCACUUUCACCUCAGAAGACUAUAAAAUACAUAACGGACCUCAGAAGACUGUAACAAA